AAUGGGCAUUUGCAAGAGCUUACCAGCAUCUACUGAAGAUCUCCCCACAAUGGAUUCAAGUGGACAUAAACAAACAGAAAUAGUAAUCAAAGAGGAUACUUCUCCAAUUUAUGAUGAGAAUAAAAUCAUAGUCAUAUAAGCACUCUACAGAGGUCAUAAAGUUCGUAAAUCACUUAUGACAACUCUGCACUCUCCAGAGACAUCAGCACCAACUCAAGUGGAGCAAUCAAAAUUCUGCUUUGAUCCAAACUAACUAAAUACUUACGAUUAAUCUUCAAUAUUGAUGAAGAACGGAGCCAUCUAUAAAGGAGAAUGGAAGGAUGGUAAAGCAAAUGGAAAAGGUUAAUAUUAAUUCCAAGAUAGGUUGUAUCUUAUAUAUAUAUUAUUCAUAGCUAUGUCGAAGGAACUGUAAUAUUUUAAUAAUAUUUCUUAGUGGGCUUCAAAUGAACUUCAAGGGGAAGCAGUCUAUGUGAAUGGCACAGAGAAGUAUAAGGGACAAUGGCUUGACAGUAUGUUCCAUGGAAUAGGCGAGUAUGUCUAUUCUGAUGGUCGCAUUUAUUAAGGUAUCAUGUAUCAAUAUUUCUUAGGUGAAUGGAGAAAGGGAUUAUAACAUGGCAUGGGUAAAGAAAUAUACAAGGACAAAUCAACCUAUGAAGGGAAAUUCAAGGAGGGAAUGAAAUUUGGACUUGGAAUCAUCAGAUUAGCUGAUGGUUGUGUUUAUUAGGGAGAAUUUGAAAAUGAUUAAUUUCAUGGUUACGGAUCAUUUGUAAAUCUUAUUACUUAAGGUAGAUUUGGCCAGACAGAAAAAAGAUUUUCGAAGGUUAUUGGAAAAAUGGAACAAAACAUGGAAAUGGUACUAUGAAAUGGGGCGAUGGUAUGCGAUAAAUUUUGAUUAAACUUAUUUUAAGGUCGAAUCUAUACUGGUCAAUAUUUAGAAGGACUUAAACAUGGAUAUGGAGAAAUGCAAUAUAGUGAUGGUCGCUGUUAUAAGGGACAAUGGAAGAACGGGUUGUAAGAUGGAAUGGGAAUAUUUGUAGACAAGGAAGGGAAUGAAAGAAAAGGAUUCUGGAUUAAAGGAAAACUAAAGAAAUGGUUUUGA